GGCUCGUGCUGCUUUGCAGACGCCGCCACACCGGGACUUUUCGUGCUGCCCAACCAUGGUCAACCCUACCGUGUUCUUUGACAUCGCCGUCGACGGCGAGCCCUUGGGCCGCGUCUCCUUCGAGCUGUUUGCAGACAAAGUUCCAAAGACAGCAGAAAACUUUCGUGCUCUGAGCACUGGGGAGAAAGGCUUUGGUUAUAAAGGUUCCUGCUUUCACAGAAUAAUUCCGGGAUUUAUGUGCCAGGGUGGUGACUUCACACGCCAUAAUGGCACUGGUGGCAAGUCCAUCUAUGGGGAGAAAUUUGAUGAUGAGAAUUUCCUCCUGAAGCAUACGGGUCCUGGCAUCUUGUCCAUGGCAAAUGCUGGCCCCAACACAAACGGUUCCCAGUUUUUCAUCUGCACUGCCAAGACUGAGUGGUUGGAUGGCAAGCAUGUGGUCUUUGGCAAGGUGAAAGAGGGCAUGAACAUUGUGGAAGCCAUGGAGCGCUUUGGGUCCAGGAAUGGCAAGACCAGCAAGAAGAUCACCAUUGCUGACUGUGGACAAAUCUAAUAAUAAAUUUGACUUGUGUUUUAUCUUAACCACCAGACCAUUCCUUCUGUAGCUCAGGAGAGCAGCACCCCUUCAUCCCCAUCUGCUCAAAAUAUACUAUAAUCUUUGUGCUCUCAUUGCACUUCUUUGGGUUCCAUAUUUUCCUUAUUCCCCUCCAAGUUUAGCUGAAUUGCAAAGUUAAGUUUAUGGUUAUGAAAUAAAAACUAAACAAC